AUGCCAAUUACUACUUUGUCGUCGAAGAUCGUGCUACGAGUGCAUCAAUUUGCAUCCAACAAAACCGAAUACACGAGAGAUCAAAUGACAUUAGUUGCAACCAACGGAAUUGUGGUGGGCAAGGGAUUCCAAGCUAAUUUCAAGCUUUAUGAUGAUUCGGAGGUCGAUGCUGCUCACGGGACAUUGGAAUGCACUCUUGGGCUCGGGGUUUGGGUCUAUAGUGAUCACAGUCGCUACGGUUCGAUACUUAAUGGCGAUCAAAGUGUUCACAAUAAUGCAGUGGUAGUGCAUCAUGGUGAUACGUUAAAGGAGACCGAGUUAAGUGCACGAAAUAUUGCACGAAUGGCUCGACGUAGAGCGUCAACGUCAUGGGAAUCGGCGGAUGCAGUGUCCAGAUUACAGCAAGCUAAGGAACGACUGCCUCGUAUUGAAACAUUGGGGCUUGACUUUGUUGCAGUUGAAACAUCCAUGGCGACGCCUCCGGAGUAUACGGUGUCGCCACUUUCUGAGACGCGGUGGCGGAUUCCUACUGCUAACACAACCGCAGAUGCAGCAAAAAAUUCCCGUUUUGACAUGCCGUUCACAUCAAUACAUCAGCAGCCAGAAGCUGAAAAUUCAAGUAAGAAGGACCUCCCACCGCCUUUGGAAUAUUCGAGCUCUCCAGCGGUGUCUCCGUCGUCUGUAGCGGCACGGCAGCGCUACAAUCUCCUUCAGCAACCACCAACUAGUGUACCUGUCCCAGUGUCUGCAUUGAUCGCUAAAGUGUCGCUUCCGCCAACAAGUACAGGUGGCUGGCCAAGCUCGCGGCGUGACGAUCUUCGCAUUCAGGUGUCCAAGAAGAUGGCUGCGGCAGCGCCAGUGGGUGCUGGCAAGGCUACUGUUCCCCGCGUACUUCCAGGAGCACUGGAACCUCAACCACCUGCGUCACCUGUGGCACAAAGAGACCUUUUAAAACAACAACUAUCACUGCAGACCAUUCUGCAGGCCAAAUUUGAAGAGAAAAAACUACUCAAACAGCAGCAGAAGUAG